AUAGACUCUUCCAACCAGCCAGCCAGCCUGCCCGCCUGUCUGCCUGCAUGUCUUCUCUGACAACAUUGAGGCUGUGAGCAAUGCUUUUUCGAAACACUACCGUUUCUGGAUGUUUGUACUUGUGAUUCAACAUGUCAAUGUUAGCUGCCAUCAGAUUCCAGGAGCCAUGAAAUUGCCAUGGAGAAAACAAAUAUAGGGAAAUGAAAUUAUUGCAAAAUACCUGCCUUCAUUAGAAGAAAAACAGAUGAUUGGAAAUUCAUUCAUCAGAAACCGUUAUUCUCCUCUUCUGUCUCUCACAACUCUCAUUCCUUCAUUUUUACAAACUAUUCAAAUGAGCUCUUUAUGGCAAACAUGCUAUUGUCGUCAUUUGCCAGGAGGCAUUUGUUAAAGAAGAAAGUCACAUGAUUUAUGACAUCAGAGGAUCCAGUCCAUACCAGCACAUGGAUCUUCCACCCUCUCCUCCUGUUGCACGGCGGUCUGCACCGACCACAACAGCACAGGCAGUGCAGACAUAUCCUGGUAACAUCCUUACAGACCAGCAGUUCCAGCAACAACUUGCUUCGAUGAAACAGCAAUACCAGCUGCAGCAAGAGAUGCUGCUGCACCAGUUCCAGCAGCAGCAGAAGCAGCUUGCUCAAGAACAUGAAAAGAAACUGCAAGAACACAUCAAAGUAUAUAUGGAGCAGCAGAAGAAGAAAGAACAGCAGCAACGGAUAGAAAAGGAGAUGCUGGAGAAGGAGCGUUUAGAAAAAAUAAAGAAUAAGAAUAAAGAUGAAGAAAGUGCUAUAGCUUCUACUGAGGUGAAACAAAAGUUACAAGAAUUUGUCCUGACAAAGAAACAGAGAGAAGCAGCAGCAAGCAACAUGACAAACUCUCCACCACAGUUCCGGCAUUGGGUGGGUCACCCAGGGUCAGUCGAACAGAAUUCUCCUCCACAAAGUGGUUUGUCACCACCCUAUGGUCCAUCACCUCUACUCGGGAAAUAUGAAGAUGAUUUUCCAUUACGUAAAACAGCAUCUGAACCUAAUAUACUUAAAGUGCGCUCAGCUCUGAAACAGAAAGUUAUGGAACGGCGCAUAACACACAGUCCAAUGCUGCGGCGGAAGGAUAAAGGCCCCUUGCCGCUCAAACGCAAAUCACCUCUGUCAAUAGAUUCCUCCAUAUGUAACAGUAACCCAGACUCAGGCCCAAAUUCUCCACCAAGUGGUACACUUCCAAAUGGAAGCCUAACAUCCCUCCAAUCAAAAGAGGAUAAUGGUUCCUAUCCUUUCCAGAUAUAUAAAAGCAGUAUUGUUCAACAAGGAGCAGAUAUAAGUUUGUAUACGUCGCCUUCCAUGCCAAACAUUUCCCUUGGACGACCUCCAACCUCUACUGGAAGUAGCAGCAACAGCAGCCCUUCAUCAGGUAUGACUGAUGCUGAUGUCCGUGCUAUGAAUGCUGCCAGGUAUAACCUGCCAUUGACCAGUCAUAUAUUACCAAAUACUUUACCAUAUUACCCAUCACGCCAUGUUAUUGAUGGGGAAUUUCCUCAAAACCAAGCCUUCAUGCCUCAGAUGAAAGCAUUUGAAGAAGGCCGAACCGGAAAAUUAACCUCUCCCCUUGUGAGUCCAUACUCUAUUCCAAGCUCUGUGAGUUCAGGUAUUUCCGAUGCCCAGGUCGCUCAUGCUCGUCUAAGACAUCGCCCACUCGGUCGGACCCAGUCUGCUCCACUUCCGCUUCAGCAUCCUCUACUACAACAGCAACAACAACAACAGUCAAUGUUUUUGCAGCAACAGCAGCAACAACAACAGCAGCAACAGCAGCCUCAUCACCAACAGCAGCAGCAAGAACAGAAAAAGAUGUUCUUAAAACAGCAUAUACGACAGGCUGUGUUACAACGAGCUGGCAGCAAGAGUCAUAUGGAGAAUGUUGAUGAGGAAACCGAAGUUAAAAUAGCCCAGGAAAUGAAAGAUUGUCGAGACCCUGAUGAUGGUGAUGUCGUUGUUAUCAAAGAUUCUAAAAUGGAUGAGCAGAGCAGUGAACCAGACAAACAAAACAAUCGGGAAUCUUUCGUUGGUCAACAGAGAGACUUACUUAAAAUACGACACAGAACAUCACAUCACCGUCCUUUGUCCCGCACUCAGUCCAGUCCACUGGUUACUUUCUCAAUGCCUCCACAACAACCCCAGGAUACUGGUCCUGUGCGCUAUACAUUUACUACAGGACUGGCUUAUGAUACUGUAAUGUUAAAGCAUCAAUGUUCCUGUGGUAACAAUUCUGCCCAUCCUGAACAUGCAGGGCGUUUGCAGAGUAUUUGGUCUCGUCUGCAAGAAAGAGGUCUUGUGUCUCGAUGUGAGCGUGUGAAAACGCGAAAAGCCACUUUGGAAGAAUUACAGAGUUGCCAUACAGAAGUCUACACAUUAUUGUAUGGAACGAAUCACCCAAGACAGAAAAUGGACCCUAAACUAAUUGAUUCUCUUUCUCUGAGAUUUUGUAUUCUCAGCUGUGGUGGUAUUGGUGUGGAUUCUGAUACAGUGUGGAAUGAAUCUCAUACAACCACUGCUGCACGCAUGGCUGCAGGCUGUGUGAUAGAACUGGCAUUUAAAGUUGCUUCAGGUGAAUUAAAGAAUGGCAUGGCAGUUGUCCGACCUCCAGGUCAUCAUGCAGAAGCACAACAAGCUAUGGGUUUCUGUUACUUUAACUCUAUUGCUAUUGCGGCCAAACAACUACGGGAGAAAAUGAAAGUGGAGAAAAUCCUCAUUCUAGAUUGGGACGUUCAUCAUGGCAAUGCCACACAGCAGAUGUUCUAUAAUGAUCCCAGUGUCUUGUACAUAUCAAUACAUCGGCAUGAUGAAGGUAAUUUUUUCCCAGGGACUGGAUCCCCUGACGAAUGUGGCGCUGAUGAUGGACUUGGUUUUAAUGUCAAUAUUGCAUUCGGUGGAUCCUUGAAUCCACCAAUGGGCGAUGCUGAGUAUCUGACAGCUUUCAGAACAAUCAUCAUGCCAAUAGCAAGAGAAUUCAAUCCUGAAGUUGUGUUGGUAUCGGCUGGCUUUGAUGCUGCUGCUGGACACAGUGCCCCGCUCGGCGGUUACGAUGUUAGUGCUGACUGUUUUGGUCAUCUUACACGUGAACUGAUGUCUCUGGCUGGAGGAAAGGUGGUGCUAGUUUUGGAAGGUGGCUAUGACCUCCCUUGUAUCUGUGAUGCUUCAGAGAAGUGUGUGUCUGCACUUCUUGGUGAUGAGCUAAUACCUAUCCGAGAAGAAGAAUUGUGCCGGUCAUGCUGCAAACCAGCUAUUGAGACUUAUGAAGGAACUCUCAACAUACAAGCAACUCACUGGCCUUGUUUAAAACGUUAUCAAUCCACCAUCAGCUACUCUUUAUUGGAGGCUCAAAGAAGAGAAAUAGAAGAAGCUGAUACUGUUUCUGCUUUAGCUUCCUUGUCCAUGGUUACUGCAAAAAGAAGUGGAUCUUCAGCAAUGUCAGAACCAGAAUCCGCUGAGCCAAUGGAAGAAGAAUCUUAAAAUAACGGUGGUUAGGUGCUGCUAACUGCAUACAUUAUGAUCCACUGGAUAUAGACAUUGUUUAUCUUCAGCAUCUGGCCACUAGCUGUGCACAUCAAGAAGUGUCAGGCUUGGCCUUGAAGUGUUUUUUGCCAAUCAACCUGACAUCAAGCGUCCAUGGUUGUUUAUCAUCUGUUGUCUCUUUGUCAGCAGACACAUGGCAACAGACACUUGUGUUCAAUUCUGAGGUAACAGGAAUCCUUACCUCUACCCUCCUUUUUCAUCACCACACACUAUGAAUUAUUGUUAUUUUUUUUUUCUACCUUCUCUCUACAAUACCUACUCUGCUACCAAACCUCCGAAACGAUGACUGUUACACAAUAUAUGGCAACUGUUCAGCUCCACCGAUCAUAAAUGCCAACAGCUUCUCUCUUUUCAGGCAACUUGUAUUUCCUCUUAUCCCUCUCACAUAUACACCAUGUAAAGUUUGGACUUUUACUUCUCUACAAGUCAAGAAAUGUUGGCAUUUCAUGGACCGGGGUUUUUUUUUUUCUUUUUAUUCUUUUCUCUUCCUCCAGUCCUUUAUUCCGGAAGCAGUGUGUCUGAAGAGAAUAUCUUUCUUGCCUCUUCUUCAAAUCACACUCUUUACUGCUCCAUAUAUUGUGGUCCUCUUUAUGGAUCCAACUCAAAGGCGCUACAUUAUCAUGCGAGUAUUUGAAAAAAAAAAGUUAACAAAAAAAGACAAACAAAAAAAUUGACAUUUCAAACAGAAUAAAAUUAAAUGAUAAAUAAAAAAUUAAGUAAGAAAAGAAAAAAACGAAAUGAUA